AAAAUCCUGGAGUUCAAUCAAGACGACAAUAAAAGAAGCUCAUGAUUUAAGUGCCAUGACUGUUGAGAUGCUGCAAGGGAAGCUUCUUACACAUGAAAUGGCCAUGAAAAAUGAUGAAAGUGAUGAUGAUUCUCGGAAGAAGAAAUCUGUAGCUUUCAAAAGCUCCUCCAAAGAUGAAAGUGACAAUGAUGAAAAGGAUGAUGAAGAAUUUAUAGUGCUUGCUCGAAAGUGUAAGAGUUUCCUAAGGAAAGACAAGUUGAAGAAUCAAGGACAACAAAAGAAAAAUUACAAAAGUAGUAAAGGAAAGGGAGAAAGUAGUAAAAAGGAUGAAAUUAUCUGCUAUGAAUGCAAGAAGGCUGGACAUAUUAAAUCUGAGUGUCCAAACAAUGAUGAAAAAAGUCUAAAAGCCAAAAAGAAAAAGAAGGCAAUGGUUGCCACAUGGAGUUGCAGUGAGGACUCAUCUUCUAGUAAAGAAGUAAGUGACAUGGAAGCUCAUUUUUGUCUCAUGGCAAAUGAUGACACAGAUGAGAAGCAUGAAGUUCUAGAGAUAAUCAUGUUCAUUAUGGUAUCAUUUGUCAUUAUUGUUUAAAAAGGGGACACUAUAUUCAUCAGUGCUAUACUAGAAAGAAUUUCUUUAAGAUGAAUUUAAAGUGGGUUCCUAAGAAAAUUUCUACUUGUUC